UUGAAAACCAGGAGACCCGGCCGUUCCGGCCCGGUCCGGCGCAGCUGCGUCCGUCACGUGGAAACGUACGCUUGGCCCAAAAAUUCCUCCGGCCCCUCCGCUCCGAAGUCUCCGUCCACGGCAAAGCCCCGUCCCGCUCCGCCCGCCACGGCAUGCCGGACUUUCCUCCCGACAAACAACUCCAGCACGAGCUGCUCCUCCCACCGCCGCACCCUACGCGUGAUAAACAAUUCACCGCAAGAGUCGGUGCAGCCGAAGCGUCACGAAGACGGCAGCAGGUAGGUGACCGUGACCCAGUCAUCAUCCCGAUCCCUAGAUUAUAUCAUGGCAGCUGCGAGCUGCUAGCCGUCGAGCAGAAGCAACCAACCCACUUCGACGACACUCGCGAGGUACGAGCACCUAGGCGGCAGCGGCCGGCACGAAGAGGACAGCAUUCCAAGGUCCGGGCUCCGAGAAGAAGCGCGGCGGGUGUGCUGCGAAUUCACCCAUGCAACAGGCGGCGGGGCGAACGUGGUCGCCCAUGGCGACGGAGGCCAACCCCUACGCGAUGCCGCCGCCGGCGCAGAAGAGCAGAAAGGAGACGGUGAAGGACGCGCUGUCGCUGUGGGGGCGGAAGGUCGGCGAGGCGACCAGGAAGGCCGAGGACCUGUCACGCAACACAUGGCAGCACCUUCGGACAGCGCCUAGCAUCACGGAGGCGGCGGUGGGGAGGAUCGCGCAGGGGACCAAGGUGCUGGCGGAGGGCGGCCACGACCGGAUCUUCCGGCAGGCCUUCAGCGCGCCGCCCGACGAGCAGCUCCGCAAGUCCUACGCCUGCUACCUCUCCACCUCCGCCGGGCCCGUCAUGGGGGUCAUGUACCUCUCCACCGCCAGGGUCGCCUUCUGCAGCGACACCCCGCUCUCCUACCAGCCCGCCGCCGGCGACAGGGCGGAGUGGAGCUACUACAAGGUGGCGAUCCCUCUGCACCGGCUGAGGGCGGCGACCCCGUCGGCCAGCAACCUCAAGCCAGCCGAGAAGUUCAUCCAGCUCGUGUCCGUGGAGAACCACGAGUUCUGGCUCAUGGGCUUCGUCAACUACAACAGCGCCGUCAUGCACUUGCAAGAAGCUCUCAGCGGCUUCCACAAUUUGCAAGCGUGAACGGCGGACCGUUCGUGUUGGCUUUUGCAGAGCAACCGAGGCAAUGAGGCAUUGCAGCAUUUUGUUACUGGUGACAUUCAGUGUCGGUUAUUGAUGCGACGGAAACGUGGAAGUCACUGUAUCCAAGGAAUGUCCUUUGUAAAAAUUUGUAUUUGGGAAACAACACACAUGAUUUCGAACUUCCGAACUUUGUAUGCUCCCACCUUGCAUAAUGAGGCCGCCUAUUUCUCUUUCUCUAUC